CAUGGCCCCUGCGAGCGACUGGGUCGACCGCGGCUCUCAGUCUCAGCUCGGUUUGUGUUGAGUCCUGACGGCAGACCAUGCUUUCCAAUGUCGUGUGAAGUGGACAUCGAAGGCGCUCCGCAAAUCCCGACUACAUUAGAGGUCGGGACCUCCAACAAGAGAUCUUAUACCCCCGUCGACCUAGCUGCAGCAUCCGGAUUUGCGAAUGAUGGUAAGGAUGUUUGGCUCCGGCGCCGUCUCGCACAGGAAAUCGUGGCCUUGCGGGAGCGAAGGAGUGCGCUCGAACGUCGCCUCAGCCUUGAGGCUGAGAAACAACGGAAGUUUGACCGUCUUUUGUUAAGGCCUCACUCACAAUCCAUCUUUUUUUAGUUCACCUGGCACGCAUCAAUCCAUCUUUUUUUAGUUCAACUGGUUAGGUCCUGCAAGCUGUUUUCCAAUAGGACAAUGGCCACGACAGAUGAGCGAAAAGAUGGAUUGUAGUGAGUUCUAAUUUUGCGUGUAAAGGCACGGCACGACUAUCUGUCGCACCUCAGCACUGAGUAUGCGCGAUUAGUGCUCGAUUUCCGGGACAUGGUCAGAGGCGCGAGGGCCGUCAACUGGAAACGCAGGAAAGCGGUACGAGAAACCGAGAUCUUUUCUCUCCAAGGUCAUGCUCUUCAGCUCUUGGUCGAACUGCGGGGAGUCACGGAUGCAGAUCUCGGCCAGCAGAAGAAUCUGAAGCCAAGCGAGUACGCCGCACGUGCAGAUAGACUCUUGCUCCGCGCGAGACUCCGCCACGUCGUACCUGAAACAAGAAACGCUUUGCUUCUUGAGGAAGGCUCUGCAAACGCGACAACUAUAACUGGAACUGGGGUACUUCCGAGGUUGAGUAAUAAGUUUGUUGCAUGUCGAGACAGGAUCAUGAUCAUCCCUCUGGGGGUGAAAUCUAUUGCUAUGCUGCUCAAGAAUUCUAUUGUCUACCUGUCAUCACUAUUCUCAAUGAUGGGAUGCGCUGCGGUGUAGGUUUGUUACCUCUAGGUGUAAACUAUCUCACUCCAAGCACUGUUCUGUCCGCUCCAAAGCUUAUCAAUUCUGACACAACUCCUUGCAGGUCAUCUUCGGUUUACGCGUCCGCUUUUCUCUCGACCGACUAUCCGAUGUCGCACAAGCAGGGGCUGCAAGGUGGUGUCCUGAAAGCAAGUAUGCGACGGAUACUUGGGAACGAACAUUUUUCUUGGCCAAAGAAGACAUCCUAGAGGACGUCUAUGCGCUUAGCAUCCACGCACGGGAGCCGCCAGGAGCAAGUGGCGCGGGGCAGGAGGCUGGAGGAUCAGGAACUGCAAAUUUAUGACGAUAAACAGGGACUUCUUCUUCUAGGAGUAACUGUUUAUUUUCGAUUGAAAACAGUAAAGGAGCAGAAGCAGAUACAUCCAGAGAAAAAGAUUGAAUGAAUCAUUCAAGGAGGUGUACGGGUAGUGGCGAGUGUCGCGACUAAGGGAGUGAGUGGGCGAUACUCCUUGGUGAAUAUUUUCUAGAGGAUUUUUUUCCAAAUGCAGUAGCUUUUUGUCUCUAGAAAGCUUUUUGGCUAAUUUGCGCUCGUCGAACGGUUCUGUGUUUAGAGGACGACCGGAUGGAGCAACUACCCAGCGAGCGGGCCACAGGACAUGUGCACUGUGAUAAAUGGCUGAUCAGCAGUAAUUAUAGCGAUGACAAGGUGGGCGCGCAGAGCGGAGAAGAUGCUGGCGACGGAGAUGGCACGCCACCUAGCACCGGUCCUGGUGGUCUGGCUUUUAAUGCAAGGGGAGUAAAUGACAGUAGGCUCCUUGUGUCUACAGGGGCCAGGCCUGGUGGUACUGGUGUGCAAACGGACGAUGGCGUUCUUGUGACUCAACUUGGCCGAGGACAACAUCAACAAGUGCCAUCUACUGGCAGAGGCUCUCUCAAUUUCGAAGGAAAACGAGUGAAUCGCCUUUCAACGCGUGGCCCGGUGAGAGUCGCAGUUGCCAAUCCGGCAUCACAAGCACCUCCCGCAGAACCGGAACGCUCACCAGCAGUUGGCUCAGGCUACAAUGCUAUUGCUAAACGCAGUUACAAGAACAGAACCGAAAUGCUUCGGGAUCAACUGAAAGUGAAACAAGAUGGCGCGAUAGGUGGCAGUCAACAGCAAACGUGGUCACAUCAACGAGGUGGAGAGCCAAACCUUACUCCCGGAGCAGAACCAACUCAGCCUUCGAAUGUUCCCACGUCAAGAAGCACGCCCAGUUGUAGUGCUGGUAGUAAUGCUGCUAGUGCUCCUUCUGGAGGAGGACGAGGAGUAUCUACCCGUCUAUCGACGUCGAAGAAUAGACGAUCUUCGAAUGAACCGAGUCAGAUGAAUCCGCGCACCUCUCAGGACCGCAAACAGCUGCCGCCAUUAGCCGGUCGCCGCAGUGUUCGCGCCACUGCAGCAAACAAUCUGGUUGAGCCUGGCCCAGGAGCAGACAAAGGGGACCUUAUUAACAAAGUAGCAGAUGCCGCCUCUAGUUCUAUUACACCAAAAAAUACCUCUAGUACAACAGCUAGUACACCCGCUGCGGAUCAACAUGGAGGUUCGAUGUCCGUCAAGGGUCGUACUAGCAGCACCACGACAGCGACAGAGUCAGGCGGUGCUCGCAGGUUGCUAGCGCAUUUAGCUAAAAGUCGAAACUCGGGAUCACAACAAGACGGCGACGCCUCUGGAAAAGGGGUGCGCGGAAUGGGAAGUUCGCGAGACAGUAGUUACGGACACAGCAAAGACGCGACGCCAAGUUCUCAUGUUCGUCAAUUAGUUGAGACUCACGAUAACGAUUUCAGCAUCUGACUCUGGUUCUAAUAGAACCGCACAUCGAGCAAAAGGGCAAGACAACAGCAAUCAGCAAGUGGUGGCGGCGGUGGAGGCAGAGGCGACUGCGCCACCCACGAGUCAAGCUUGAGCAGCCUCGCGUCUUCACCAAGCGCCAGAGGGAAGCAAAAGCCACGCAGGAGAAGCAAUCCCGACUUGCGCAGAGAUCCAGAUUUGCGCAGAGGCGCCUCUGUCGGGAGUAACUUAAGGCAAGCGACAGUAAGAGACCGAAUAUAGGCGUCGGUGCGUACAUUUAUUAUUUUUUUUUGUAUUUUGAUACAAGGGAAAUAGGAAUACUGCUCACGCUGAUGUGCUGGUGAAGCUAUCAUAGCUCUAAGUAACGCUGAAGAUCUUCAGGCUCAGUCCUCUAGUGCCGUUGCCGUACAACACGCGGAUGAUGAGGUAGAAACAGAGGAUGGAGGAGCUCAAGAGGCCAUCUUCAGAAAGAGUGUAGAUGCAAUCGGACGUGCAGCUCACGACCAGCAGGAUCGAUGCCUCGAUAACGAUGUUGAAUUAAGGUCAACAUUUAGUGUCCAUCUUUCUCGGCAUCUCGGUACCCUUUUCCCUUGUUGUAUUCUCAUGAAAUACAAGAUAAAAAAAAGAGGUCAAGAUGAGGGGGCGGAGAUACAAUCUAGGAGACUCUAAUUGAAGAUGGGCAUUCCGGUGGCUCAGAUUUGACUACAGCAGACCAGAAGAAAGUGAAAAAAGAUAAUGCGGUCGUCUCAACAAAUGAAGCAGUAAAGAAGCCUGCGACUUCAGCUGCUUCUUUAUACGGAGGUCUGCGCGAAUCAGGAGAUAAAAAGGGCGACGUUCUUAGCGGUCAAGAGAAGGAUGGCGAGGUCGAGAAUGUCCGAGACAAAGCCGUUGUCUGCGCAGAAAGACAGCAACGACCAGCGUCCGUUGGACCUCCCCGAGAAAACUCUCAGACCGCUUCAGGCUCGAAAGAGCGAAGUAGUGCUGCCAUUCAGAAGUCGGCCCUCGCAAAGACGCUAGAACAGCGAAUACGAACAUUUGAAGCAAAGGGCAAGGCACACCUCAUGAGUGAGGAAUCGCGAAAAGCUGACAAGCUACGAAAAGCACAGCUCGAAAUGCAGAAAGUAUUUUCAGUUAAAUUCGAAUUCGAAUGUUGAGGUUAUUUUUUUUCCUGCAGUGUUUCUCUUCUUACAUCUAGUUUGCUACAUCCUCCUUUCCCGUUUAUCACGAGCAUCUUGAGUACUUAUCUAUGGUAUCUUCUAUAGAACAUCUGUUUGAGGCCUUCCGCAGGUUCCUCUUUACAGAAUGCUUACGUCCAACAUCAGAUCCUACAGAAGAAGCAAGAGUACGAGGCAGGACUUCUUGCAGACACAGCAGCUUCCGCUUCACAAGCAGGAUCCGGACCUAUGCCUGGUGGACUUGAACCUGACUCUCCAGGGAAGAAACCAGCAAGAGGAGGGCCUCCCGCGCAACGACGGCGCGCUGAUCUUCUAGAGCAGGAGGAUCUUAACGCGUCUCCCGUUGGUUCUUUCAACCGCAAUUCUACGGCAUCAAUCGGGAACAAGGCUGCUCUCGCAGAGACAGAUCAUAUGCAGAGUAGACCGAUAUUAAGCAGCGGAUCUCCUCCUGCAUCGCCUGCUCCGCGUGUUGUCUAUACGAAGAACAUGGACGAUUUUGAGCAGGAGUCGAAGGACUUGUUCGGACGUAUUGAGGCACUGCGAGCUCGAAGUACGAGCGGACACCAGCUAGCAGGGACCACUGCAAUUAGUGGUGCUGGUGGAUCAGGCUCUAGUAGCUCUACAAGGGCUUUGCUCACCACUAGUAAUUCCUCUGAACAAGAAGUUGUGGAAGUAAACAUCGCACUCGCACCAGCUUCGGCGGAGCAAACCAAACUCCUAGCAUUGUCGUCUAGUGGUACAGAGAUGACGACAGGAGUUCAAGGCGAUGCAGAUGGUAUUUUUACCUCAGCUGGUGUUGAACCAACUACAACCGGUUCUUUGUCUUACAAUAGUGCCAGUGGCAGUACUCUGUUCCCAAGAAGUGGUCGUGAGCGUACCAGUGCUGUGGAUGAUUUUUCGGCUGGUGUUGAGGACGAGGACGUGAACCCCUUGACGAACCCACGCAUAUCCGCGGCAACGAGAAGAGCAAUGGCCAUGGCCAGGAUUGAGGAGACACUAAAGCACCAAAAGUUAAGGCAAAAGAGGAAGCAUCAAAGUAGGAGACAGCAUGCGCAUGAGCAUAUCCCUACCAGAGCAUGACCCUUGGCUCCUUUUUUCGUUUUCCAAACUAGAGGAAAAAACGCCUCCAAGGAUAUGCCUCUCAAACUCGUGUGCUAAAAACCCGAUAGCUCUAAAAAAGACCAAAUCAUCAUCGCAAAACUCUUCGCUGGCCGCGUUAGAGCAGAUGAUUGCGGAUAAGCAGGAAACCAAGAUUCAAAAAACCUCUUUGUACUCGGGAUCUGAUGACAGCGACGACGGGGGAGGCGUGGAAAAGGCGGACGAAGAUGCUUUUAUGAUGCGCGCAAGGCAGCGGAUGCGGACAGCAAACAGCACGAGUAGAGGCAAGUGAGGAAACGUGACAGAUGAUUCAGAUGCCGUCGCUGGUGUGGAAGACGAAGAUGUUGUCUCCUAAAGCGUUUGGAAACGGAAAGUAGUGUCUAUACUAAUUCCUGUGUACACUAAAGUUCACGAAGAUCUAGUCUGACGAUAAAACUACAGUUAAUUAAAUCGGUCAUUACUUACCAGGGACAGGGUGUAUUUCAUGUUUAUGUUACUCUUACUUAUUCAGUUAUCUUCCGUUGAAAUAAGUAUUUUUCAUCCGCUCCGGUUCCAAUUUCCAUCAGCAACAAAAAUUGACGAUGACGCCGACGUUUUAUCAUGAAUCCUUUGUUCAUGUUCAUCAGCACGAAAUGGUAUCUUCAAUUCAUCUGAAUCAAAAGACGUCCGGUACCAGUAGGAGUCAGAAAGUGAAGGAGUUCCAGUCCAGCAGCACUAGUAUAGAUGGC